GCAAAAGUCCUUGAAACAAGUCGAUACAUUUCCGGUAAAGCGCACCCAUGGCCGCCAUGGCACCUCUGGUGGAGGUGUCGCGGGGAAGCUUCGAGAUCAGACACCUCCGGAAGGCGGAUCUUGCGACGCCCGGUGCGUGGCUCGCCGCCCGACGUCGAGGCACCGAAGAUGCAGUCGAGGCGUUGGUGCCCGAUGACCAGGGCACCUGGUUUGUGCUCAUCUUGAAGGAGGUGAGCCCCAAGCAGUUGGCCGAAGCUUGUGGCGCAUUGACGCGGUGUGAUGAGGUCGUGCUCUUCAGUGUGAAGCCGUCCUACGCAUUGCUCGCCUGUCGCCAGCUACGGAAAGUGCUGGCAGCCUUACUGGGUCAAGGGUGCAACCUGCAGCUCAAAGAUGCUCCUUGGCUGCUGCCCUCCUUGAGUUCGAGAGCCACCUUGCUGCCGAGCACUCAAGGGGGCGCCUGGCACAUGCAUGGACUUCUGAGGCUUCAGGUGGGCGGCUUCUUUGUUGUGGUGCCCCAGACGGACGAGGCUGAGUUCUUCCAGGCCCAUGGUGGCGUGAUUGACGGCCUGCCUUUGCGGCGAAAGAGCGUGAUUGCUUUUCAUCCCCAGAUGCUCUUUGAGGAAGGCGAAGAGUUGGACCACAGCCCAGGUUGGGAACGUUUGGAGGACUCGGUGAACGUCUUCCGUGGUGUCGCCCUGGAGCUGGAGUGUGAGCAUCGUUUGGGAAUCUGGCUCUUUGCGGGAAAGUACUGGGCCAGGAUCAUCAGUGGUAGCUCUUUGGUGGUCGAGGCGAGGCCAAAGAACUUUGAGGCUUUGGCUGGGGAGGUUCGGCAGCCUGGCCAGUUGAUGCGGGCAGGACCCAACGCUGACCUUUUCUUCGAUCACACGACCGCCAACGCUGAGCUCAAGGAUGGGAUCUUUCAGCAGACCUUGCCGAGCGGCGAGAUCGAACGAUGGAAGGUGCAUGUGAUGACCUUCAACCCCUUUGUGCGUGUCGAGCCGGUGAAAGUUGAGGCGCCUGGACCGGCGGGACCGUCGACGGGAGCGUCGACGUCCGCGGUGAAGACGUCGACGCCCUUUGUGGAGGGCACUGCAGUGAAGUACUGGAGCGUCACAGUGCAACGGUGGGUGCCAGCGACCAUCGUGAAACAGAACGAGGAUGGUACCUACAGAUUGGACCUCAAGAAGCGUGCUAACCCGCAGCAUCUCAUCUUGCCCGAGGAAGAUGCACCGCCGCUCAGAGCUACAGGAGCGCGGCGCACCACGCGCGCGCCCGCGCGUGUGGCGACGACGGAGUCGUCGACCGACGACUCCGACUCCUCGUCCGAAGAGGACGAAGAGUCCUCGACCUCGCCCUCGACGAGGAAGCAGAGAAAGCUCAAAAAAAAACUCAAAGAGAAGAUGGCCAAGAGAAAGAAGUCGCAACGAGUGGCAAAGACGAAAAGACCCAAGCGAAGUGAAGACUCGUCCUCUGGUAGCUCGAGCACGGAGACGAGCAGUGCAUCGUCCGAAAGCCUGAAGAAGUCCAAGGGAAAGAGAGUUCAGAAGGACCAGAAGAAGACAAAGGAACCAAAAAAGAAAAAAGCACCAAAAAAGGAGUGAAGAAGGACAAGGAUGCAGCAGCGUGGAUGCUGCUUUGUGUUUUCACAGUACGAGCCGAAGACCUGAAUGAGAGACGAAGACUGGAUUCAGGACGUGAAGAGCUGAUAAGAGCUGUAGCUCCACCUCACCUGAGAAACAGCGCAUGAAGGUGAAGAAUGGCGGGCGCGCGCGCGCCGCUCAUUCUCAGCUCUCGCAGCCGCGCCAGGCACAGCCGGGCCGAUCAGGACGAACGUCCAGACCGCUGAGGCAUGAAGAAAGUUGUAGGUGCCAUUGCUUGUGGGUUUUCUAACUCAGGCAGAGUUCUGAAGAUGAUGUUUGAUUUUUGAAUGACCAGCGUUUUCGAUGAAUUGAAGGGGCGAUCCUUGCAGAUGGACAUGUUGGGAGCCUUCUUUUUCACUAAUCUGUCAUCAUCUCAUUGUUUGUUUCGUCUCACCACGGUCCCAACAUGGUUCGUCUUCCGGUUGCCCAUUCGCCAAAGGUUCGCUAGGAAGCUGCGAAGGGUGGAUGCGGUCGUAGCUGGACGCGAAGG